GUACUGAGGACCGACUGUUACCCAACCAGACUCCCAGCCGCAGAGGCGGCGAUUGGUAAACAGAGUGGAACCAUGGAUGACUUGAUCAAGAGACAUAACGCAGCUGAAAGAGAUCGUCAGGAAAGGGCCCACGCUGCCAGGAAGCAAGUCGUCAAGGACAUUGACACAGCCAGCAACGCAAUCGACAACGGCGUUCGAUAUAGAAUAUCCACAAUUCACACGAACUCCACCAACAUCGCUUCGCAAACCCGGAGCCUCUCCACCCAUUCUGCUCGUCUCACGAAGAGUGUGAAGCAGUGGCAGGACAUGGCGGGUGGGGCGAGGGGACAGUUGAAGCAGGUUGGUGAUUUGGAGAAUUGGGCGGAGGUUUUGGAGAGGGAGGUUAGGGUUUUGGAGGAGGCUGUGGGGAUGGCGAGGGGUAGUCGGGGAUGAAGAGUGGUACUCCGUCAACCGCACACUGGGCGCCGCAUAUACAGCCCGACAAACUUAAGAUCGCAUAGCUUACAGAGGCAGGUCUCUACACGACGACUGAAUGCAUGCAUUCAGGUUACUGGUGUAUGCUGGCAGCGACAUGAAUGCA